AUGGAUCAUUUAAAUAGCUUCUCAAGUUCAGCAAGUCAUAAAGACAACGGAUUGUAUUUAAGUAAUGGUUCUCUUGAUUUUGAAGCGGUGAUUAGCCAAUUGCUAAAAGGGUCUUUGACUUACUCUAAAGUUUGGGAACUUAGCGCCUCUCUUUGUUUGAAAACCCACUUCAUAGAGCCUCCAUGUUUGUUGCCUCUUGAUUUCUGCGAAACGUCUCCAGCCCGGCCUAUUACCGAAUUGGGUACACUUUUGAAGAAGUCAUGUCCGUCAAUCGAGCUCUAUAAAGAGUUCCGUUCGCUAAGAAUUGGGUACACCGAGAAUUCUCCUCUGGCGAUAAGAGUGUUGAAUUCUUCCUCCACUAGCCGCACAAACAGCCCAAAAUUUAUAAGCAGAAAAGAGCUCGGGCAGGAAAACGAUAACUUUCUAGGAGAAAAACUGAUUGUAAUUCCAAAACGGAAAAAAAUGACAAGGGGAAUCUGUAAAUCAUGCUGUUAG